UUUUAUUUAUUUAUUUUUUGAAAAUUUCUCGAAUCUGCGAAAAAUCUAUUUUAUUAUUAUUAUUACUAUUAUAAAAUAUUUUUUUCUCUUCCCAGCUCGAUAUUAUCUUCCAUUUUUGCGAAGAUUUACUUACCGUGAUUGAAGUAUUAUCAUAAAAUUUUUGACGAAUUUUGAGAGAUUUUUCCGGUAAGUUGUUAACGGAGAAAGAGAGAGUUGGCGGAGCCGGAAUACGGUGUUUUGAGUUUUCAUUUCAUUGCUCUGUUUUUUUUUUUAGAAGAUGAUGUAUUUGAAGCAGCCGAGUUCAAUUAUAUGCAAAGGUGGAUCAAUGUUUAGGCAAGAAUAAGGUGUCUUGUGUCAUUUGAAGCUAAAAAAAUAGAAAUUAAGAAACGUAUUUCUGCUUUAGUGCAUGGUUUUUUGUUGAAUUCCCUGAGCCUGAGGCUCGGGGGGAAGAUCUGAAAGCUGGAAAUUUGAAAUACGGAGGAAAAAAGAAAAGAAAAGGAAGCUUAUCAUGGAAUCUUCCGUAGCAGAAUAUUAUAAUAAUGUUAACAAUAAUGGAAGCUCGUCUUCGCAAUCUCAAACUUCUACCUGUAUGCAGAAAUUCAGACUCUACGAAACUCAAUCGAAUUUUUAUAUGAUUGGAAGGAAUAAGAAUAGAAUUUAUUGGAGAGUAUUAAAGAUUGAUCGGCUUGAUCCUUUUGAGCUAAAUAUUCGUGAAGAUUCUACCACGUAUACAGAGUUUGAAUGCUCUGAGUUGUUGAGGCGAAUACAUGAAGGAAAUAAAUCCACCGGUGGAUUGAAAUUUGUUACUGCUUGUUAUGGCAUUGUUGGGUUUAUUAAAUUCCUGGGGCCUUACUAUAUGCUGCUUAUUACAAAACGAAGACGGAUUGGAGCAAUUUUCGGACACAAUGUAUAUGCAAUUUCGAAAAGUGAGAUGAUUCCCCUCCCAAAUUCAUCUGUUAACCCAAGCAUUGCGGACUUUAGGAAAGAGAACAGGUACAAGAAGCUCCUAAGCUCAGUGGAUCUUACAAAGGACUUCUUCUUCAGCUAUUCAUACAAUGUCAUGUGUAGUCUUCAAAAGAACUUGUAUAAUAAUGAACCAGGUGAGGUUCUUUAUGAGACCAUGUUUGUUUGGAAUGAGUUCCUGACCCGAGGAAUCCGCAAUCACCUCAAGAAUACUCUAUGGACAGUUGCCUUGGUGUAUGGCUUCUUUAAGCAGGCAUCCUUUUCUGUAUCUGGAAGGAGUUUCAAACUUAUGCUCAUUGCAAGACGAUCCCGUCACUAUGCAGGUACCAGGUAUUUGAAACGAGGAGUAAAUGAAAAAGGCAGUGUAGCUAAUGAUGUUGAGACAGAGCAAAUUGUCUUUGAGGAUGUAUCUGACGGGUUUCCCACACAAAUAACUUCCAUAGUCCAGAACCGAGGCUCAAUCCCACUCUUUUGGUCUCAAGAAACCUCGCGAUUGAAUCUAAAACCAGAUAUCAUACUGUCUAAGAAGGACCAAAGUUAUGAAGCAACCAGACUUCAUUUUGAAAAUCUUGUCGAGAGAUAUGGCAACCCUAUAAUUAUUUUGAAUUUGAUUAAGACGCAAGAGAAGAAGCCUCGAGAAUCAAUUCUCCGUCAAGAGUUUGCAAAUGCUAUUGAUUUUAUUAAUAAAGAUUUGUCAGAAGAGAACCGUUUGAGAUUCCUUCACUGGGAUCUACACAAACAUUCUCGGAGCAAAUCGACAAAUGUUUUGCUACUUUUGGGUAAAGUGGCCAAUUAUGCAUUAACGCUAACAGGUUUCUUUUAUUGUCGGGUGACAUCAGCCUUGAGACCUGAGGAGUGUAUGACAUGGCCUUCUUCUGAGAAUAUUGAUGAUGGUGACAUGUUGCCCCUGAAAUAUUCCAAUGAUACUGAGGAUAUUUACAGAUCAGAGAGAAAUUAUUCUGGAGAAAAUAAUGUUGCUAAUGGAAAUCAUUCUGUCAAGCCUCCCACAUUCCAAAGAGGUGUGCUUAGGACCAAUUGUAUAGAUUGCUUGGAUCGUACGAAUGUUGCACAGUAUGCAUAUGGAUUGGCUGCUCUUGGAAGCCAGCUUCAUGCUUUAGGGAUUAAAGAUUCCCCAAAAAUAGACCUCGAUGAUCCUUUGGCAGAUGAAUUAAUGAGUCUCUAUGAGAGAAUGGGCGACACACUUGCGCAUCAAUAUGGUGGCUCUGCAGCUCACAAUAAGAUAUUUUCUCAGAGAAGGGGUCAAUGGAGAGCAGCGACCCAGUCCCAAGAAUUUUUUAGGACUCUUCAACGUUAUUAUAGCAAUGCAUACAUAGAUGCGGAGAAACAAAAUGCAAUUAAUAUAUUCCUCGGGCAUUUCCAGCCUCAGCCUGGUAAACCUGCACUUUGGGAGUUGGGUUCCUACCAGCAUUAUAGGGGAAGAAAUGGGGAAACAAUAAUGGACGAAGAUGGAAGGUCACUUUUCAAAAGAUCCUUUUCUGAUGGAAACAUUCUUUGGCAAAGUGAGUCACCUGUGAUGGCCAAAAACGGCAAGCAAGAGAAAUCAUUGAAUUCAACUUUGCCUGGCCUUUCAGAGUCAUCACCUGAGAUAUCAACUUGUGAAAGUGAUAUAACAUAUUCAAGGUAUACUCCCUCAAUGCCUCGAAGACAGCUCUUCGGGGACAUGCAAAGAGACCGCUGUCUUGAAACCGGUCAAAUUUUCUUCUUUGAACGUGGGGAUGGCUUCAAUUACUCUAACUUUGUCGACCUGGACUGUAUUUCAUCGUCCGGAAAUUCUUGCGAGGAUGAACCAUUUGAUAGGUCAUUAGUUCUUACAAGCUCUUCGAUCGCUGGUCUUUCAUUGGAGAAUGUUGUUAACGGUGUAAUCGGGGAAGCAACUCCAUCCAGUAGCGAAUGUGGAUCGAGUAUGAAGGGAAGGCAGCAAACCGGAACUGAGCUAUCUUUUGGUAAUUCACAACAGUCCAACGUUCUCGAGGAAUUCUCAGAUAGUUUUGUGCAGUGGGUGAACUCCGGAGAGAUGCUUUGCUAUUAAACUUUUGGUCUCAUUCUCCUCAAGUCAGUCGUCAACGACCCCACGGAUUCAAGCUGCGGCACCGUUACAAACUAUCCAAGGAAACCAAUAACAAAAACCGAGAAGCGGAAGCAGUUCUACCGGUACUCUCUUUUAUGUAAAGAUUAUCCCGAACGAGUAAAUAGUCAACAGUUUAAAAAAGAAAAAAAAAAUUCUUUUCGGAGUUCAUUUAGUUAUUUGUAAUUCCUUUGGUUAAAAAUGAACGUAAUAGGGCAUCAGUGUUUGUAAAUAUAUAUAUUUUUAUGAACCAUCUGUGUUUGGAAUGAGCUCCAACUUUCUAGGAUUUCAUGUCAUUGAUUAUUUAUUGGUUUCAAGUUUUAUCCAUAGGCAGACAUGAAACUGACAUUGUAAGUUAAAUGAAACUAAUUUAUUUGGAUGAAAGAUCAUUUAUAAGACCAA